CGCCAGGAGUCCCCUCCUCGGGCUUCCCGCGUGCCUCCUGCUGCUGGGCCCACAGGGACGGUCAGCUUCCAGACCCCUGUUCCCCGGGCCACGCCCGGGACCGACUGCAGGGACGAGGGAAGGUGAGCUGCUCUCCCAGUUUCCAGAGAGGGAGCCGAAGGGCCUGGGGUCUCAGACCUGUGGGGCGGGCCUGACCGGGCAGAGCCGUGGCGGCAGCUUGAGGUGGCCCUGUCCUUAUCUGCGGAAACUCAGCAGAGGUUUGGGGAGGCCUCUUUUCCCGACCCCACCCUCUCAGCCACGCCAUCGCGGGCUCCUGACGUGUCACGGGCUGUGCUCACCGCUCUUCUCAACGCUCUCAGCUCUGUGCCGGGCAGUUGAGGCCUUCGCCCGUGCUGUCACAGGGCCACGCUCGUUCUGGGGGUCCCGUUGAGGAGUCCUGCCUCCCCAGCUCCUGCUGUGGCCGGCAGUCCUCGCCUUCACGUCCCCCUCUUCUGUGUGGGUCUGUGUCUCUGACUCUUAGGACACCAGGCGUAGAUUUGGGGCCCGUCCCACCCGGGGUGGCCUCGUCUUAACUGGGUCACACCUGCAAAGAUGGUGUCGAACGAGGUCACAUCCCGGGUGCGGGGGUGGGGACGGCUCGAACUUCAACCCGUCCUUCUGGGGGAUGGGGGGGAUGUAUGUAAUCCAGCCCCCCGCAGGUCCCUUAGAGGGAAAGGACCCUCCUGGGACAGUUCAGAGGGCCGGGCCGGUUUCCUGGGAGCAGGGCCCCCGCAUCCGUGCGCCGGCUCCGGCGGGGGAGUCGUGCUUCUGUGGGAGACCGUCCUUGCCUGACGGAGAUGGGGCCCGAGGAGCAGCAAGGUGUCGGGUCCGUCGUGGUGGCUUGGAAGCGAACAAAGCCCCGUGGCGGGCGCCUGUGCUCUCGGGCUGCCCCGUUCUUGAGAGUGUCGCCUCCCCAGCUGGGAGGAUACACUGAGGCCCGCCAGCAGCGUUCCGGCCCCCGCGGCUCGCAUGUCAAAAUGGUUCACCUCGGCUGCUCAACCUGCUGGUUCAGCGGCCAGAGGCCUCGCGCGAGGAGGCGGGGUCGCAGAGAUGCGGCGAACCCUGACGCCCGCCAACUCUCCCGUGUCCUCCCCCAGCAAGCACGGAGACCGCUUCAUCCCCUCGAGAGCCGGUGCCAACUGGAGCGUCAAUUUCCACAGGAUCAAUGAGAAUGAGAAGUCUCCCAGCCAAAAUCGGAAAGCCAAGGACGCCACCUCAGACAACGGCAAAGAUGGCCUGGCCUACUCCGCCUUGCUGAAGAACGAGCUGCUGGGAGCCGGCAUCGAGAAGGUGCAGGACCCGCAGACGGAGGACCGAAGGCUGCAGCCCUCCACGCCUGAGAAGAAGGGCCUGUUCACGUAUUCCCUCAGCACCAAGCGCUCCAGCCCCGACGAUGGCAACGAUGUGUCUCCCUACUCCUUGUCCCCCGUCAGCAACAAGAGUCAGAAGCUACUGCGGUCGCCACGGAAACCCACCCGCAAGAUCUCCAAGAUCCCCUUCAAGGUCCUGGACGCGCCCGAGCUGCAGGACGACUUCUACCUGAACCUGGUGGACUGGUCGUCCCUCAAUGUGCUCAGCGUGGGGCUGGGGACCUGCGUGUACCUGUGGAGCGCCUGCACCAGCCAGGUGACCCGGCUCUGUGACCUCUCGGUGGAAGGGGACUCGGUGACCUCCGUGGGCUGGUCUGAACGGGGGAACCUGGUGGCCGUUGGCACGCACAAGGGCUUCGUGCAGAUCUGGGAUGCAGCUGCAGGGAAGAAGCUGUCCAUGCUGGAAGGCCACACGGCACGCGUUGGGGCGCUGGCCUGGAACGCUGACCAGCUCUCGUCCGGGAGCCGGGACCGCAUGAUCCUGCAGAGGGACAUCCGGACCCCGCCCCUGCAGUCAGAGCGGCGGCUGCAGGGCCACCGGCAGGAGGUGUGUGGGCUCAAGUGGUCCACGGACCACCAGCUCCUCGCCUCGGGGGGCAACGACAACAAGCUGCUGGUCUGGAACCACUCGAGCCUGAGCCCCGUGCAGCAGUACACGGAGCACCUGGCGGCCGUGAAGGCCAUCGCCUGGUCCCCGCACCAGCACGGGCUGCUGGCGUCUGGCGGUGGCACGGCUGAUCGCUGCAUCCGCUUCUGGAACACGCUCACGGGGCAGCCGCUGCAGUGCAUCGACACGGGCUCCCAGGUGUGCAACCUCGCCUGGUCCAAGCACGCCAACGAGCUGGUGAGCACGCACGGCUACUCGCAGAACCAGAUCCUGGUGUGGAAGUACCCGUCCCUGACCCAGGUGGCAAAGCUGACCGGGCACUCAUACAGGGUCCUGUACCUGGCCAUGUCCCCUGAUGGAGAGGCCAUAGUCACUGGUGCUGGGGAUGAAACCCUGAGGUUCUGGAACGUCUUUAGCAAAACCCGUUCGACAAAGGUAAAGUGGGAGUCCGUGUCAGUGCUCAACCUCUUCACCAGGAUCCGGUAAACCCUCGGGCCUCUCUGUCCGGGUCGGAAGAGCACCGUCUCUCCUCGGCGUUCACGGACCCUCCCCUCUCCGGCACGCGGUCCCCGGAGGAAGCAGCCGGGGUGGGGCGGGGAGUCGGGCCUGGAGAGACCCCGAAGAUUCUCAUUAAAGCCUGAUUGCGAACCCUG